UUUUAGGAUCAACAGCAAAAUAAUUAUUUACAGAUGUUAUGGAUGAGCUGGAGAAACAGUAUCUUGAUGACAAGUCACAAAUUAAAGAUGCAGUUAGGAUGGCCGAGAUUGGAUUGACAUCAGCCUGGACGCUUGAUGAUUUUAAGGUUGCAAUUGCCAAGUAUAUUAGCUCUCCACCAAUGUCAGAUACCAACUUAAAGUUUGUCUUUGAGGAGUUACUGGAAAGGGCUAGGGAGAAAGAAGAAAAAGAAGCUAAAAAGCGUGAACGUCUAGCAGAUGAGUUCUAUGAACUUCUUCAUGCAUCAAAGGAAAUUACUGCAUCAUCGAAAUGGGAGGGCUGCAAAUCCCUCUUCGGAGAUAGGCAAGUAGCUUCUUUUGGUUUUAUUGAUCUAGAAUUAGUAACACGAUUGCAAGGACCAUUGGAGAAUGAUAAUUGA